UUUGUACUAUAUAAUAAAAGACUACACCAGCUUAUAUUUCCACCAGCUUCACAAAGAAGAGGCACCCACCCAUUUCUCAUUAACUACUGUCUCGUUAUAAAUUAUCAUGGAGUUUUUCAACCAGGCGAAAGCAGUAAGACUGAAGAGCCACCAUGACAAGUACCUAGUUGCAGAUGAGGAUGAAGAAACUGUUCGGCAGAGCCGCAACGGAUCGUCACGAAGAGCCCGUUGGACAGUAGAGUUUGUUCAGGGAAAUAACCAUCAAAUCCGACUAAAAAGUUGCUAUGGAAAGUAUCUUACAGCCUCAGAGAAUCCAUUCUUACUAGGCAUGGCAGGGAAAAGAGUGGUGCAAGACAUGCCGGUAUCUGUACAGGAUUGUUCAAUUGAUUGGGAACCUAGAACUGAAGGGUUUCGUGUUAAGUUAAAGACAAGAGGAGGCAAGUUCUUGCGUGCCAACGGAAGCAUGCCACCAUGGAGAAACUCGGUCACACAUGACAUCCCACAUAGGACUGUAACACAAGAUUGGGUACUUUGGGAAGUGGAUAUGAUGGACAUAAUCGAAAGUGAUUUACAAUUACAGGAUUAUAUAUCGCCUGCUUCUAGCUUUCCUUCUUCAGUUGGAUCGCAGCUUUCCAGUUCACAGCGUUCGGAUGUAGGCUGCCAGCUGGUCUCUAGUUUGGCUAGCAACACACAUUCUCUUGCAAGAGAGAGUGCCAUGGAACUCUUUGAGAAAGCAAAAUCUGUUCGCCUUCGGAGCCACCAUGACAAGUAUCUAUUAGCAGAUGAUGAUGAAGAAACCGUUAGCCAAGAGCGAAAUGGGACAAUCAGGAACGCCAAAUGGACGGUGGAAAUUGUCGCAAAUAGCAAUGCUAUACGUUUGAAAAGUUGUUUUGGCAAAUAUUUAACAGCCAGUAACUUGCCAUUGUUGCUGGGAAUGAGAGGCAAGAAAGUACUGCAAACUUUGCCUGCUGGACGAUUGGAUUCUUCUGUGGAAUGGGAGCCUAUUAGGGAAGGUAUCCGGGUUAGGCUCAGGACUUGUUACGGACAAUAUUUACGAGCAAAUGGAGGCGUACCGCCAUGGAGAAACCACAUAACACAUGAUAUUCCUCAUAGAUCUUCCACGCAGGAUUGGAUUCUAUGGGAUGUGGAUGUUGUAGAGAUAAGAGUUCAAGAUCUUACACCUCCACCUCCACCACGACAACGACGACACAGUGAUCAAAUCGAAACGGCACCAAAUUAUGAGCCUAGUUCACCAACAUGCAUUUCAACUACACCACCCAAAUUGACAAGACAAGAGUCUGAUGAUUCUUUGGAAGGUUUACUGGUUAAAAAUGACGGCAGGGUGAUACAUUACAGUAUGUCUGUGAAUGAAGAUGCAGAUGAUGUUGAAGAACAUUCCUUCUUAUUUAAGGGAAGAAUGGUGGGGGAAUUGAAGAAUAAGUUGGAAGAAGAGACAGGGCUCAUUGAUAUCCAAAUUUGUUCUAGGAAUCCAUUAAAUGGGAAGUUCUAUCCCCUUCGGUUACAUCUUCCACCAAACAACACAGAAAUGCAUGUUGUUGUCAUUCCUUCGUCAGGGAGAGGUUAGCUAUUUUUAUUUAUAAUUUUGUGCUUGAUCA